AUAUCUACAGUAUCAUCAUCCGCCAUUUUCUAGUUCUCUCCUAUUUUGCAUCAGUACCUCUGCUUCAUUACUUUGUGUGAGACGCUUGGUGCUUUGAUCUCUUUUUAUUAAAAAUGUCAUUUAAUCGUGGAACGAAAAGAAAUUCCUUCGGAAAUCGAAGUUACAGCCGUGGAAGCGGUGGUGGAAGCAAUGUUGGAUCAGGAAGCGUCGGUAUGGGUAAUAUGGGAAGCGGCGGUAGUAGCCGUGGUGUAAAUCCAUGGGAAAGUGGAGUGAUGCCAGGCCGAGGCAUCUUGCCGACUCCAAGCAACAAUCUUUCUUUAAAUUCACCUCAAGCUCAACUAGUCAUUGCUAGCAAUCUUUUAAGCAAUCUUUUGAGAACCCAACAAGAUACACAGCCUCAGGUUCCAUCGCUGCUAAGCUUAGGAAAUAACAUGAACGGGCCGGGAUCCAACUAUCGCAAUUCUCAAAAUUUUUCUGGCCGUUUCAGUGAUAGGCCGAUCAGAGGAAAUGUGAAAAGCCAACGAUCCCAACCAUAUAAUAAGAUGGGCAAUCGUGCCCGCGACGGCGUCGCCGGCCGACGUGGCCCAUCAUCCGCACAACAAUCUCGUGCGCAGUCCCAGUCUGGCAACCAACGUAUGAAUGGAAACCAAAAAGAGCAUCGCAACGAUAAACCUUCUAAACCAAAUCCUUCUAAACAAAAUCAGACGGGCAAAAAGGAACAGCAGGAUGUUAAGACCUCUGAUAAUGAGAAAGCAGAAACGCAGCCCAUUGCGAAAAGUGAUGAAAACGAAAAAUCCGAUGAAACUAAAGAUGAAUCAGUUGAAAUCAAAAAAGAAGAAGGAGCUGAUACUCCUAUGGAAGUCAAUGAAUCUGAAGAGAAACCAUCUGAUGAAGCUGAUAAAGAAAAAGAACCAACUGAUUCUACUACUGCAACUAAAAAUGCAUCCGCAACUUCUCCAUCGAAAAAAGAUGAUCAACAAAGCACUGGAAAAAAAUCUGAAGCUCGACAUGCAGAAAGUCGAUAUGCAGCUGUGCCAAUUAGUCACAUGUUCUGUCAUGUUUGCAAUAAACACAUGUGGGAUGGAUUUUCAUUUGAAAAUCAUCUCCGUGGAAGAGCUCAUCAGUUGAUGAUGGAUAAAUUAGAUGAAUCAUAUAAAUUAAGAGUAGAUUUUAUGCGACACGAGUUGAAAGUUGCCGAGGAACAGCGAGAACUGAGUCUUCAUAAUUCAAAACGUCGUGGAAAGAAGGUAUCUGUGGAUUUGAGUGUCCGAGAAUACUGUACCAUGUGUGAUUUGAAUUUUUAUGGAACUCUUUCUAGUCAUAGAAAGAGUGAAAAACAUCAACAAUUAAAAGUCUUCCUUCAUCCUCGUUGUGGCCCCUGUGCCAAAGAAUUUCCAUCCAGAAUUGAAUAUGAUGAACAUUGUUUAACACCUAGUCAUAUGGUGAAUGCUGCUCAAACAGAGGAACAAAAAAAGACGAAAAAAGCAAAAUUGCCAAAAGGUGAAUCAGAAAUUCGUUCCGCAGAAGAUGAAGAAAAAGAUUCUGGACCAGAUUCAAAAACUAAUGAGAAAGAAGAUGAAUUACCAGAGAAUACUGAAUAUCUUACAGAUAUCAUUGAAGAUAUGAAUAUGACUAAAUAUAAAAUUCCAUCUUUCCGAUAUUGUCGCCAAAAUCAUCUUGGACUUGGUGCUUCUCUGGUUAAAGAAGUACAAGGUUAUCAUUGCGAAAAAUGUCGGCGAUUUAUGUUAACUGUUGACGAUAUGAAUGCUCAUUUACGUAGUAUUACCCAUUAUCGCAAUUUUGUAGCAGAAGUUAAAAAUUUAACAUCUACGACUGAAACUAAUGCUGAAAAAUUGAAAGAAGAGUCUGAAGGACAGGUAGAAGAAUCCAAGGCUAGUGAAGAUGAUGAAGGAGUUGAAUGCAAACGUCGAAAACUUGAUGAUUCAGCUGCUGAUGGAUCAGAAAAUUCUAUAAAAGAGGAAUCGAAAGAGAAUACACAAGAGGAUAAUACAGAUGCUUCUAAAAAAGAUGGGAAUGAAAAGUAUGACCCACUUGAAGCUGAUGGAGAGUCAGAAGAAGAUGAACGUCAACAGCAGCAACAAGGAGACGAUAAAGCUGACAAAGAUGAAAGUAUCCGUGAUCAAUCGAUGGAAGCUUGGGGUGACGGAGACAAUGAUAAUGAGCCAGAAGUCGGUAAUUUACUUGGGGAUGAUGAAGAGGAAGAGCCACAACAACAACAACAACAACAGCAGCAGCCGCAACAACAGCAGCCCCAGCAGCAGCAGCAACAACAACAACAACAAGAAUUGACGACACAAAAAACACAAAAUCAACCGCCGCCGUCAACACCUCAACAACCUACACAACAGCAAAACGCUUCGUCUGCAAUAAUAGUAGAUCAACCAGGUAAAAGAGAAAAUCCAAACUCAAAUCAUAAUAAUAACUCUCAUGGAAAAUCACCUCGAGGCCGUGGAUUUCGCGGUAGAGGCGGUAGUCAUCAACGUGCACGACGAUCUCGGCGAUAAUUUUAUUAUUUGACCUAUUCUUUCAUCAAUAUUUUCUAUGAAUUCUAGAAAUAAUCACUCAAUGAAAUGCCAGAACUAUGUAAUAUUUUAAAUUGAUUUUUAACGAAGCUAUAAUUAUGCUCUAAUUGUAAAUCUAUUUACGUAGGUUUCAUUCCGGUAAUUCCAAUUAUUGAGAGAUGUAAAAUUAAUUGAAGGCACUAGUAAAAUGCAAAUUGAUGCCUUAUAUCCAUGAUAAUUCCAAGCCUUUUUACUCAUGAAUUAUGUAUCGUGUUUUGUCUUAUUCUAAUCAAUAAAAUAAAACGUAUCAAUAA